AAAUAUGUUGCUGUGGGAGAACUGGGAAAAGCAACCGACACAUUGGAUGCCACUGGGACAGUGAUUCUGGAGAAAGGAUUUGAACACAUCACCAGGCCAGACAUGGAGGACAAGCUGAAGUCUUUUACUGGUGACAUCAUGCAAGUACCUCCCCUCUACUCUGCACUAAAAAAAGAUGGCGAGCGUCUGUCUAACCUGUUAAGAAAAAGUGUGAAGGUCGAGGCCAAACCUGCAAGACCUGUUACCGUGUACAGCCUGACCCUGCAGGACUUCAAAGCUCCUCUCUUCACUCUGGAAAUUGAGUGUGGAGGUGGGUUUUAUGUCAGAAGUUUGGUGGAUGAACUGGGAAAAGCUCUGUCAUCAUGUGCUCAUGUGAAGGAGCUGAUCAGAACAAAGCAGGGUCCAUUCACCCUGCAGGACCACGUCUUACACGAGGACCAGUGGACCCUGGAGAACAUCCUCCGGUCUCUGCAGCCCUGCACAGAAGGAGACCAGGACCUGGACCCUCCAAAACUACCAGAGACCAACCCAGAACGAAAGGAAGAAGCACUUUGCUUGAGUCGACCUGUUUGACUCUCACAGUCAGACUCACCAGGUCCAAACUGGUCUGGUUCUGACGUGACCAACAUGAGUCUAAAGCGGACUGAUUCAGAUCCUUUUCUGCAGAACUACAGUUAAAGUAAUAAAGUCCUGAGCAGGUGUGGAACAUGUAACUCCUCACUGAUUGAACUGUGACGCACUGUGUUCCUGAUUAAACAUUUCACAGCUUUAGCUGAUAAAAUACCUGGUAUACUGCUGUAUUUAGGAUGAUUUUGGACCUUGUAAGUCUUGUAUUUGUUUUAUUGUUCUUAAGUUACAAUAAUAAAUAGUUCAACUACUUUGCGUAAAAAACAAAA